CAUAGCGUGCAAUGGAGAUAUGAGGAUUUGCCAUCAUCUCAACAAUAUGGAGUCAGCAUGCUUGCUGAUAUGCUACAUGAGAUAACACAACUACAGAGAGGGCCUGCACACCCCACUCCUUUACCCGACUCCGGGUUCAUCCAAUCUGCUAUGCUGAACCAGUGCUCAAUUCCUCCUACCACUGCAACAAGACAAGACAGUCAAGCAAAGAAGCUAGAGGAGAUGAAACAUGCUAAAAACAAUGCAAUAGCUGCCAAGAGAGAAGCUGCACUUGAAGCAAAGUUAAAGGCUGCAGAGAACAAGGCAACAGAGGCACGAGCAAGGAAGGAAAUGGCUGCAGAGAAGAAAGAAGCUCUUGCACAAGCAAGGAAAGUCGAGGCUGCAAAGAAGAGAGCAGCAAUUGUGGAGGCCAAAAGGAUUGCAGCUGAAGAGAGAAAAGCAUUAACGGUUGCCAAAAAAGAAAUGGCAGCUGCCAAAAGGGCAGCAGUUGCUCGUGCAAGGGAGGAAACACAAGCUGCUAAGAAAGCAAAGAAAAACUAAGCUAUUUGUCUUUCUGAAUUUUUUCGAAUAAUAUUGUUAUUCAGAACUGAACUUUGAUUGAUGUAAAAUGCUACUUAUUGA